CGUGUGCUACCCGGCGCCCAUGACGGUCAGCUGCCAGGCGCACAACUUCGCCGCCAUCCCCGAGGGCAUCCCGGAGGACAGCGAGCGCAUCUUCCUGCAGAACAACCGCAUCACCGUCCUGCGGCAGGGCCACUUCAGCCCCGCCAUGGUCACCCUGUGGAUCUACUCCAACAACAUCACCUUCAUCGACCCCCGCACCUUCGAGGGCUUCGUGCACUUGGAGGAGCUGGACCUCGGCGACAACCGGCAGCUGCGGACGCUGGCGCCCGAGACCUUCCAGGGCCUGGGGAGGCUCCACGCCCUCUACCUCUACAAGUGCGGGCUGGGCGCCCUGCCCGCCCGCCUCUUCGGCGGCCUGCACAGCCUGCAGUACCUCUACCUGCAGGACAACCACCUCGAGUACCUGCAGGACGACAUCUUCGUGGACCUGGUCAACCUGACCUACCUGUUUCUCCACGGCAACAGGCUGCGGAGCCUGGGCCGGGACACCUUCCGGGGGCUGGUGAACCUGGACCGGCUGCUGCUGCACGAGAACCAGCUGCAGUGGGUGCACCCCCGGGCUUUCCACGACCUCCGCCGGCUCACCACCCUCUUCCUCUUCAACAACAGCCUCUCCGAGCUGCAGGGCGACUGCCUGGCCCCGCUGGGGGCCCUGGAGUUCCUCCGCCUCAACGACAACGCCUGGGACUGCGGGUGCCGCGCGCGCUCCCUGUGGGAAUGGCUGCGCACGUUCCGCGGCUCCAGCUCCGCGGUCCCUUGCGUGGCCCCCGAGCCGCGGCAGGGCCGGGACCUGAAGCUGCUGAGCGCCGAGGACUUCCGGAACUGCAGCGGGCCGGCCUCCCCCCAUCAGAUCAAGUCUCACACGCUCACCACCACCGACCGGGCCGCGCGCAAGGAGCACCACCCGGCCCGCGGGCCCGCCCGGGACAAGAGCCACCCGCAUGGCUCUCGGAAGCCAGGCAAGAACUGCACCAGCCACCGGAAUCGCAACCAGGUCUCCAAGGUGGGCGCCGGGAAGCAGGCGCUGGAGCAGCAGGACUAUGCCCCCGACUACCCGCACAAGUUCAGCUUUGACAGCAUGCCCACCGCGCGGCCCAAGAGGAAGGGCAAGUGUGCCCGCAGGACCCCCAUCCGUGCCCCCAGCGGGGUGCAGCAGGCCUCCGCCAGCAGCUCCCUGGGGGCCUCCAUCCUGGCCUGGAUGCUGGGGCUGGCUGUCACUCUCCGCUGAAGACCCCGGGCACCAGCACCCAGCACUGCCACGUGUCCACCCAGAAACAGAGUUUCGUUCUUUUUUUACAAGUGGAGGGUCCUCUGGGUUUGAGGCAGAGUCUGAGGAAGGCUUUGGCUGCCGUCUGGGUCCUGCCUGGUGGAUUAUAAACCCAACGUGUACAGCCCCAAGCAGGAGGGGAUUAGCGCACCUCGCCCAGCUGCCCCGGCUGCCCCAGCCAGCCCCCUCAGAGCAGCCAGGACAGCAUCCAGCCAGAGGCGGCUCCUUUUUUUUCAGCCCGCAGAGAGCACCCUUCACUAGCAGCCGUGGGACAGUGCCCCGCGGGAGCUGAGCUCUGUGGAAUCCUGGCGAUAUGGAGAGGUCUGAAGGGCCCCUGCCCUUUCUGGAGGAGGCGGGACUCAGAGGAACCGAUGACGGUCACCCAAGAGGCUGGGUUGACUGGCCGACUGGGAGCGCAUGAUCGGGUGUCAUUUUGGCUUUUGCCUGAGGCCACUUAGUCAACCUGCCCUGAAUCUAACAGUGUGCCACCUUCCGUCCCUUCCCUGGGGUGACACCUCUCAUUCCUGAUGUCUCAGGCAACCCUGGUCCACCCAGCCCAGACCCUGGGCUCCAAGAACCAGCUACCAAAGGAAAGAUCAUCAGAGGCUGAAAUUCAGAACUUCAUCCCGUGCAAUGAGGUUCUCACAGGAGGUGCAGUUUUAUAACUACGUCCACUUAUAUAUAUAUACACACACACACACUCUACAUAUAUAUAUAUAUAUACACAUACACACAAAGACACAGGUCCCUGCCCCACACCCUUACCAAACUGUAUGUCUUAUCAUGUUUAUAAACUAUAUGGAAAACUA